AUGAUCGACACAAUCAACACCGACGGUGCCGUCAAGGAACGAAACUCGACAAGAAAAGGCGCAGUCAUCGCCUCCCUCCAGCUGGGGGCACUCCUGGGAGCGCUCUCAUGCACGUAUCUUGGGGACCGUCUUGGCCGGCGCAAGACUCUUUUCCUCGCUGCUGCUAUCGUCGUGAUAGGCGAGCUGUUGGAAACAUCGGCAUACAAGAUCGCCCAGCUUACCGUCGGGCGGGUUGUACUAGGCAUUGGUGUUGGACAACUUAGCGCCACUGUCCCAGUCUUCCAGGCGGAGUGUAGCUCAGCCAAGAGCCGUGGGCAGCAUGUGGUUGUUGAUGGCAUUUGCAUGGUCCUAGGCUUUGUUCUGUGCAACUGGAUCGAUUUCGGGCUGAGCAAGACAGCUGGUCAAAUGCAGUUCCGUGUCCCGCUUGCUCUUUCCUUCCUCUUCCCCUUAAUCAUCCUCGCUUCUGUGUUCUUCCUCCCAGAAUCCCCGCGCUGGCUGGUCUUAGUAGGCCGCCCAGGCGACGCCGCACGCAGUCUAGCAGCCUACAGAGGGCUCCCGGUAGAUGAUGAAUCCAUCCAAGCAGAAAUUGCAAGCAUCGAGUCCGCGUUAGAGCUGACGGAGCAAUCCGGCCGUAUCACACUGCGCGAAGUAUUCUCCCGACACAACGAAGACCGUCUUUUUUAUCGUUUCGCUCUUUGCAUGGCUAUCCAAUUCUUUCAACAAAUGUGCGGCGGCAACCUAAUCUCAACAUAUAUAUCAACCAUCUUCGAGCAGAAUCUCAAACUCGGCAGUGACCUAUCUCGCAUCCUAGCCUCCAGCGCAUUAACAUGGAAGUUUCUGUGCAACUUUAUCCCUUUUUUUGCCAUCGAUCGUCUCGGUCGUCGCAAGGUCUUUAUAUUCAGUGGGACAGGAAUGUGCAUCUGCAUGGCCGUCCUGGCAAUUACAACCAGCUUCGACACCAGCAACAAGACCGCGUCAGUUCUUUCUGUGGCCUUUAUCUGGCUGUUCAACCUGUUCUACCCCAUUGGGUUUUCGGGUGCAAAUUUCCUCUAUUGCACUGAGGUCGCCCCUAUCCAAUUACGGGUCGCCAUGGCCUCCAUGUCUACGGCGAACAAGUGGCUAUGGAACUUUAUCGUGGUGAUGAUCACCCCAGUUGCGCUUGACACUAUCGGGUAUCAGUAUUAUAUCGUGUACGCGGUUAUUUCAGCGUGCAUCCCCGUGUCUGUAUAUCUGUUCUAUCCUGAAACAAUGGGUCGCAAUCUCGAGUCCUUGAAUCAGGUGUUUCGUGAUGCUCCGUCUAUGUGGCAUAUUGUAGCUAUGGCGAAGGAUCUUCCCAAGGGGGAUGUGUCUACGUUGGAUAUAGAGGGAUUCGAGAAGAAGGUGGAUACAGAGCAAAGAGAGUAUGCAUGA